AUGCCGGUGGGGACUCAGGGGACGAUGAAGGGGAUCACGGCCGAUCAGCUGAGGGAUCUGGGCUGUGAGAUCUGCCUGGGGAACACCUACCACCUGGGGAUGAGGCCGGGUCCUGAAGUGAUGAAGAAAGUGAAUGGCCUGCAUGGUUUCAUGAAUUGGGACCGGAACCUUCUCACAGACAGUGGUGGCUUUCAGAUGGUGUCAUUGGUGGAACUCUCCAAGGUGACAGAAGAAGGCGUUCAUUUCUCUUAUCCCUAUGAUAACAGAGAGAUCUUACUCACUCCAGAAAAAUCUAUUGAAAUCCAGAAUGCUCUUGGUUCUGACAUCAUGAUGCAGCUUGAUGACGUAGUGAGCAGUACCAUCUCUGGACCCCGUGUUGAGGAGGCCAUGUACAGAUCCAUCCGCUGGCUAGAUCGCUGCCUUGCUGCCAAUAAACACCCAGAGAAAAACAGAACCUGUUUGCCAUUAUACAGGGAGGACUUGAUGCUCAGCUCCGCAAGAAAUGUUUAG